AUGAACGACAGGUCCCUGAAGGUGGUAAUUCCAACAGGGGUCACUGCUGGCUCGGAGCUCGGAGUCUCUGGCUUCCUCUGUCCCCUCAGAGACUCAGAUUGGGGAGGAAGGAGGAACAUGUCGGCCGUGCAGCUGCUGCGGGUGUCGGUACAUGAGCGGAUCAGCGCUGCCGCUGAAGACUUCCUGCUGCAGGUGGAGAAAGGAGGAGGAAAGGCUGAAGUCCUGGAGCUGAGAGCGAUGCUCACCGAGCGGCUCGCGGGGGCGGGGGAGGAGAUCCUCACGAGGCUUGAGGAAACCGUGGCUGGGUACGAGGACCGAGUGGAGCGGUCCGAGCGGGAGAGGAGGGUGAUCGAUGCCGCGAUGCAGCCCGUAGUCCGGCUGCACAGAGCAGUGUGUCCUGCAGACGUCCAGCAACUGAUGGUGAUAAAAGAAGAGGUUCCCCCUGAGCAGCCGCAGAGGAACCCUCUUGUGGACCAGGAGGACCCAGAGCCCCCCCACAUUAAAGAGGAACAAGAGGAACCGUGGACCAAUCAGGAUGGACAGCAGCUUCAAGGACUGGAGGAGGCUGAUAUCAAGUUCACAUUGACUCCUGUCGCUGUGAAGUGUGAAGAAGAGGAAGAGAAACUUAAAUCAUCAAAGCUUCAUCCGAGUGAGAGGAAGGAGAACAAAGCGGACUGUGGAGGACCAGAACCAGCCAGGAACUCAGGUCCUGAUGGACGUUUACAACAAGGUCCUGAGGAUAAGAAGGAAGACUCUUCUGAGACUGAAGAGAGUGAGGAUGAUUGGCAGGAGACCAGGGAACCUCAGACUGGCUUAAAUACAAGAAACAACAAACGGCCUCUAAGUGAUAUGGAAUGUAAGACAGAAAAAAAAACGUUUAGUUGCUCUGAGUGUGGUAACAGAUUUAGCCUACGGAGCCAUCUAAACAGACAUUUGAGGAUUCAUACAGGAGAGAAACGGUUUAGUUGCUCUGAGUGUGGUAAACAAUUUAACCGAAGGGGCGCUCUAAAUACACAUAUGAUGAUUCAUACAGGAGAGAAACCAUUCAGUUGCUCUGAGUGUGGUAAAAGAUUUAACCUAAAGGGAAAUCUAAAAAGACAUAUGAGGUUUCAUUCAGGUGAAAAACAGUUUAGUUGCUCUGAGUGUGGUAAAAGAUUUUGCCAUAGGGACAAUCUAAAUAAACAUAUGAUGAUUCAUUCAAGAGAGAAACCAUACAGUUGCUCUGAGUGUGGUAAACAAUUUAACCGAAGGGGCGAUCUAAAUACACAUAUGAGGAUUCAUACAGGAGAGAAACUGUUUAGUUGCUCUGAGUGUGGUGAAAGAUUCAACCAAAAGAGCAAUCUAAAUACACAUAUGAGGAUUCAUACAGGAGAGAAACAGUUUAGUUGCUCUGAGUGUGGUGAAAGAUUCAACCAAAAGAGCAAUCUAAAUAGACAUAUGAGGAUUCAUUCAGGAGAGAAACCAUACAGUUGCUCUGAGUGUGGUAAACGAUUUAACGAAAGGAGCGAUCUAAAUAAGCAUAUGAUGAUUCAUACAGGAGAGAAACCAUUCAGUUGCUCUGAGUGUGGUAAAAGAUUUAACCUAAAGGGAAAUCUAAAAAGACAUAUGAGGUUUCAUUCAGGUGAAAAACAGUUUAGUUCAGGGGUGUCCAAACUUUUUAUCCCGAGGGCCACAUAUUGAAAAAAAUACGGCGGUCCGGGCCACUCACGGCCGCAGAUGGCCCGCGGGCCGUAGUUUGGACACCCCUGGUUUAGUUGAUCUGAGUGUGGUAAAAGAUUUAAGAUUCAGUCCUAUUGUACGAGACGUGUGAGGAUUCAUAAAGGAGAGAAUUGAUUCAGUUGCAACCUUUGCAACAAACAUUUAUUCGGAUUUAUCAACAGAUAUUCAUAGUUCACUGUUUUAAAUAGACUAUUUACAGUUUUUAUGUCCAUAUAAAAUAUAACGUAUUGAAUAACACAAAAGAUUUGUGUUUAUAUCUUAUUUCUACAGAUUUCUACAUAAAAUAUUUUUCAUAACGUUCUUCAUGUAAUUUUAAGGUUAAAGUGUUUUCCUUGCACAGUAUGUAAGUCAAUCAAUCAAUCAAGUUUUAUUUGUAUAGCCCAUAUUCACAAAUUACAAUUCAUCUCAUAGGGCUUUAACAGGGUGUGACAUCCUCUGUCCUUAACCCUCAGCAAGAGUAAGGAAAAACUUCUAAAAACCCUUUUAACAGGGUAAAAAUAUGUAGAAACCUCAGAGAGACCCAGAUGUGUAGGAUCCCUCUCCCAGGACGGACAGAAGUGCAAUAGAUGCCACGUGCAGGAAAACAUCAUCAACAUUAAAGUCUUCAAGAUUAAAGAUUAAAGUCUCUAGCAGCAUUUGAUGAGGGUAAACAUCCCGAAGGACAACCCCAACAUGACAUGCCAAGCAGUUCCGCUGCGAUCACAGUCCAUGGUCAGCAACCAGCAGGACCACGAUCCACCAUCCAGACCAUAACGCCACUCCAGUCCUCAGUCACCGUCCACCGCCGCCCACCAGGACCCAUCACGAGCCACCACCGCGGUCCUUGUCCACCGCCCGUGCCCAAUGCCAACACGACACAGGGUCCGCCACCAGCACCACGAUCAGCCCACAUAACUCAGAAUCCGCCACACUGGAUCCAACACUGCGACCCCCGUUGCGCGAUCCACAAACCGCAAUCCAUGGUGCGGCCACAGAGGCCCUGGAUCUGCGGGUGAUAAAACAAAGGGAUUCCGGGGAAAGGGGAUAGGGAUGGAGAAGAGGAAGGAGAAGCUGGAAAGAGAAGCUCCGUGUGUCAUGUGUCAUAAAAUAGAACAAGUAACGUUCUGGCGCACUAAUUAGCUCUAACUAUAAGCUUUAUCAAAAAGGAAGGUUUUGAGCCUACUUUUAAACGAACAGAUGGUGUCUGCCUCCCGAACUGAAAGUGGUAGAUUAUUCCACAGCCGAGGGGCUUGAUGGCUAAAAGCUCUGGCUCCUACUCUACUUUUAGAGACCUUAGGGACGACAAGUAGGCCUGAAUUCUUGGAGCAGAGUGCUCUAGUGGGUUUAUAAGGUACUAACAGCUCUUUAAGGUAAAAAGGCGCUAUAUUAUUAAGGGCCUUGAAGGUGAGGAGGAGAAUUUUAAAUUCUAUUCUAGAUUUAACUGGAAGCCAGUGUAGCGAUGCUCAUACUGGAGAAAUGUGCUCUCUUUUCUUUGUUCUCGUCAGGACACGUGCUGCGGCAUUUUGGACAAGCUGUAGAGUCUUUAACGACUUACUGCUGGAGCCUGAUAAUCAUGAAUUACAAUAGUCCAGUCUCGAUGUAACAAAGGCGUGGACUAGUUUUUCUGCAUCUUUUUGUGAAAGGACAUGUCUAAUUUUUGAAAUAUUACGCAAGUGGAAAAAAGCGGUCCUAGAAAUUUGUUUUAAGUGACUAUUAAAGGAUAAAUCAGGAUCGAAGAUCACUCCCAAGUUCCUGUAAGUGUGUUCUUAAGUAGUUCAUUUGAUUUAAAUAUGUUUGUUUUAAAACAAUGGUUUCUUGGUUCGUGAGAUUCAAUGACAGUGUUUGUUCUCCUUUAUGUAUUGAAUGUGUUUCCAAGAAUAAAAGUCUAAUAAAAAGAUAACUGCA